AUGGCGAGUGGAUCGGAUCUCGUGACCUUCAACGUCGGCGGCAAGAUCUACCAGGUGCUGCGGGAGCCGACCCUGAGCUUGCAUCCCAACUCGCUCCUCACGCAGUUGGCGGAAGACAAGCAGGAUGACAAGGAGAUCUUUUACGUGCUCGCGUAUCACAGAGAUCGAAAGAUCAUUUUGCCCCCGGCCGUCUCGAUGGCAGCAGUGCAACAAGAGUUGAAGCGCUUUGGGUUGGAUGUGAAAGCUGAAGAGAUAGUGCCGGAUGAGGCCUAUUUUCCAAGCAUGCUGAAGCAGAUUGACAAAGUGGUUGCAAAUCAAAAGAAGUUGCUUCAGGAUCAACAGAAGCAAGUGGUGACGUUUUGGCAACAUGGCAAGAACCUGCUGGGCGAUGCCGGUGUGCUGCGGGAGCCUACCCUGAGCUUGCAUCCCAACUCGCUCCUCACGCAGUUGGCGGAAGACAAGCAGGAUGACAAGGAGAUCUUUGUGGAAGGUGAUCAAGACCUUUUCAAUUACGUGCUCGCAUAUCACAGAGAUCGGAAGAUCAUUCUGCCUCCAAAUAUCUCGGCGGCAGCAGUGCAGCAAGAGCUGAAGCGCUUUGGGUUGGAUGCAAAGACCGAAGAGAUGGUGCGUGAUGGGGCCUACUAUCCAAGCAUGCUGAAGCAGAUUGAUCAACUGGUCGCGAAUCAAAAGAACUUACUGCAGAAGCAACAGAACCAAAAUGCAGCUGCACAUUUGAUGAGCAUAACAGCACAGGCUUUGAUGGAGAAAUCAGCAAAGGGAAAUGGCGAGCAGAUCAGUAUUUCAUUCGACGAGGUGGUCCAGAACAAAUUCGGCUCAACAAGUUCAGAGCAACGAAGCUUUGCGUUCUCCUGUUUCAAAGGCUUCGAGCAGAUGCAUUUCAAAGAGUCCAUGGCAGCGUGGGCGGCAUCCAUUGGAUACCAGGCGACGUUUUGGCCCCAUGGCACGAACCCGCUCCGUAAUAAAGACUCUCCGAUGGUUAGCCUGACACCGGUGGCCUAA